AUGCUCCAGAGUUUACCAGAGCAGCUGAAUCUAGUGUUCUUCGACCUCUCGUCACGGGCUAGCACGGGCUCCGGUGACGAGGACAUCAUGGAGCUGAUGCGAAUGCAACUACUGCAGAGUCAAGUUGAUGGGCGCACACAGCGUGAAGAGCGGCGUCUUCGUCAAGAAGAGGAACGUUUGCCCUGGGAAGGAGAGCGGCGUCAACGUGAUCAAGAUCGUCUGGACGAGCGUUUGCGAUGCGAGGAAGCUGACCAUCGCCACGAGCAGCUGAUGCAGAUGAUGAUGACCGUCGUUGGUGCGGCUUUUAAACCUCAUGAGUAA